CCCCCGUCGCCAUAUUGGAAAACCCUUCAACCCAGUGACAUCAUAAAAGCGUGUUCUUCCGUCCAACGCUGUGUGGAGCUGCUACAGCUGAAUGUGAACUGUUAAGGAGACAAAGCAGCGAAGUAAUACCCACUCUGGAUCAAUCGAAUGUGUCAUAUUUAACUGUUUAGUAACCGAAACCAAUUCAAUAAUACAGCAAGACUUCAAGAUCACACUACAAGAGUUGGAGAUGUCUCUUAAAUUGUCAAUGGAGAAAAUACCACAAACUUGUUCCUUCUGCCUGAAACGUUAGCUUGAGGAAUGCAUACACAUCCAUGAUUCAUGAACUUUUGCAAGUUUCAUGCGAUAAAUUUUGAUUUCCCUCGCAGAAUAUUGGUCGGUUAAGAUGGACGGAGAGAAAGAACUCUCUCUUAAGAGUGAAGAUGUAGUAGACUCUGAAACAAAUGGUAUAGAACACAAGAAAAGAGAGGCCAAGGGAACAUGUCUUAAAAUCGAGGGUCAAGAUGGCUAUGUGUUUAAGUCAUACAGCAUUAACCCCCAUGACACUGCAGAUGCAAAAAACACCACUUGUCCUUCUACUACACUGGCUAAAGACUCUUCCAUUGUGGUAUCAAUUCAGGGGGAAGAACAAGACAAUUUACCUAUUACUCAGGUCGAUGGACAAUUACAAAUUGAGUCUGUCAAUAAAGCCAAUGAGGCAUGUGACAAAAAUGAUUCUCCUAGGCCUACUUCUCCAGCCACUUCAAACAAAAGCCUAUGUUUAAACACUGAGGUAAAGAUAGAAAAUGACACGUCUCAACAUAUCAAGGAAGAACAGGAGGAUCCAAAUAUUUUAGAGGGGGCCCAAGAGGAUGAAGGGUUAUUGUAUGAUGGCUCUGUAGGCCCCUUUGUUACUAGAAACAAUAUGGAGGACAAUACAGAUGAUUACAAUAGUAUGCUUAGUGGAUACACAAGCACUCUUUAUGAUGUUGCGAUGGAUGCCGUCACCCAAAGCCUAUUGUCAUCCAUUAGGAAUCCCGCUAACGCUAAUCCAAGAAAGAAAUCUCCUGCAUGGAACCAUUUCUGUAUUUCUCCACGUGAUAGUACCAAAGCAAUCUGUAUGUACUGUAUGAAAGAGUUCAGUCGAGGUAAGAACGAGAAAGACCUCAGUACAAGUUGUUUAAUGAGGCACGUACGAAGGGCUCAUCCCACUGUGCUUUUACAAGAUGGUGACCUCUCCUCAAAUACUCUCACUGCUUCUGUUGCCUCAUCCUUAAUACCUCCCUCAAACUCACCAAAUAAUGCAGAUUUGGCAGCUAGCAUUGCUACUCCCACCUCACAAAAGAACACUUCACCGUCCACCUCUUCAGCAGAGGGAUCUGACAUAUCAUCCAAAGAAGUGUUACCAAAACUAGAACCAAAACUAGAAAUAGUUGCCAAAAAUGACACUGGCACAGUCUCAUCACAUUCCGACAUCCAUAAUGAAGAAGCCAUGGAUGGAGUAGGUUCUGACCGCCUCAUUGCAACUCCUAAGAACUCAAGUUCUCGUAGAAGAUCAGCUGUGUGGAAGCAUUUCUACCUGUCACCUGCUGACAGUUCCAAAGCAGUAUGUAUACACUGCAUGAAUGAAUUUAGCAGGGGUAAAAAUGGAAAGGACUUGGGCACUAGCUGUCUGAUUCGCCAUAUGUGGAGGGCCCACAAAGAAAUUGUAAUAGAAGAAAAUGGACAAGGCUCAAGCAUUCCACCGCCAUAUACAAACCCACCAACACUGCUGUCUCGCAUUCAACUUCAGCCUGACUCCAUAUUGGAUAUUAAAAAAGAAACCCCCUUUGUGCCAUCUUCCCCAGAAACUAUGUCUAACGAAGUGCCCCAUAAUGAAGAGGAAAGCAUGGAUGUAAAGUUGGAGUCUGAUGACGCAAUGAACCAAUCAGAACAAGAGUCCUCCCUCAAUCUCUCCUUUAGACUUCAUGGUGAAGACGUACAUCUAUCCUCCCCGUGUGACCUGUCAAUAGAAGGUUCAGGUCUAAAAGAGGACAUGGCAAGUUCUAUUUUCCAACAAAACAAAAAAAUAAUGAAACGGGUUAAAUCUGAAGUGUGGCACCAUUUCAUCGUCUCCCCAGUGGACCAGCUCAAAGCCCUCUGCCGAUACUGCCCCUGUGUCAUUAGCCGGGGGAAACGUGGAGACUUUGGAACCAGCUGUUUAAUGAGGCAUCUAAUGAGAAGGCACCCUGAUGUCCUCAGAAACCCAAAAAGCACAUAUGAUAAGGACGACUCCUCCCCUCAUCCCUACCGGACUCUCUCUGCCACUGAGGUUGGAACAGCCAAACUGACUGGCAGCCCUGCAAGAGAGAAAAAGCCACACAACUCUGUGUUUAGUAAAAAGACAUCAAAACUGUGGAAUCAUUUUUCUAUUUCCCUUGCUGAUCCCACUAAGGUGGUUUGUUUGCACUGUAGCCGCACAAUAAGCCGGGGGAAAAAGACGACAAACCUUGGAACUAGUUGCUUAUUCAGGCACAUGCAGAGAUUUCAUGGGCAUGUUCUUGAAAGCAACAGUACUGUCUCAGGUGAUGUGCAGUCUGCUGAAAAUCAUGUUAAACAAGAACUUGCUGACACUUCUGUGUAUGAAGAAAACUGUCAAAGAUUUGAUCAAUACCACCCAGUUGCCAAAAAAAUCACCAAACUCAUAACAGAAAUGCUUGCACUGGAUCUUCAGCCAUCUGCCCUAGUAGAGAAUACUGGUUUGAACAGAUUACUGGAGUACCUUCAACCUCAGUAUUCUCUACCCUCCUCUUCAUAUUUCACCAGCACUGCCAUACCAGACAUGUAUGAGAGGGUGAAGGAGGUUGUUCUUACACACCUUAAAGAGGCUGACAGUGGGAUUGUCCAUUUUACAACGAGCAUCUGGGUUACCAGUCAGAAUCGGGAAUAUCUGACUCUUACUGCUCACUGGGUUUCGUAUGAAUCCUCCGUUAAGCCUAAGGGUCAUGACUUCCAUUGCUCUGCUCUCCUCAGUGUAUCACAGAUAGGGUGUGACCAUGACAUGCUCAAUAUACAGAAGCAGCUUGAAUACCUCUGGGACACCUGGAUCAGCUCCUGUGGGCUGAAUAAAGGAUUCACUGUAACCGACAACAAUACCAUCGCAAACGUUCUGGAGGACAAUGACCAUGUCACCGUGCAGUGUUUUGGACACACCAUAGACCUCAUUGUGAGCGAAGCCAUAAAGAGUCAGAGAAUGGUCCAGAACCUUCUAAGCAUUGCUCGGAAGAUCUGUGAGCGUGUUUAUCGCUCAGACAAAGCAAAGGAGAAGUUGGCCGAACUUCAAAAGGUUUACCAGCUACCUGAAAAUGGCCUCGUCCAGGACGUUCCCUCAAAAUGGAAGACCUCUUUUUUCAUGCUUGAACGUCUGGUGGAACAAAAGAAAGCAGUUGACGAGAUGUCGAUAGAGUGCAACUUCAGGGAAAUGAUCAGUUGCGACCAGUGGGAAGUGAUGCAGUCUGUGUGCAAUGCGUUGAAGCCAUUUGAAGUGGCCUGCAGGGAGAUGAGCAGUCAAACUGCCACUCUAGGCCAAGUCAUACCACUGAUACACAUCCUCAACCGGAAAAUAGACAUGCUGUUUGACGAGACAAUGGGCAUCGAUAACAUGCUUAAGUCUCUGAAGGAAGCCAUGGUGAGCCGGAUGUCUUCGACCCUACACGACCCAAGGUACACUUGGGCGACAAUGCUGGACCCACGGUACAAGACUUCCUUGUUCACGGAAGAAGAGGCGGAGCAAUGCAAGCAGGAUCUCAUCUCAGAACUUGAGGUGUCCCUGCCUACCUCAGUUGAGAAAAAGCUUUCACUAUCCAAUGGAUGUUGUGGAGAGGUACCAGCUUCAUCUAAUGGCUCUCCCUCAAACAACAAGGACAACCUCUGGGCGCUCAUGGACGAUAUCAGACACAAGAUCAAACAGGAGGACAAGCCUAAAUCAUCAGAGCUGGCAGUGUUGGAAUACUUGGAUGAGGACAUCCUUGAUCAAAGCUGUGAUCCACUUGAUUAUUGGAACCUGAAGAAGUUACUGUGGCCUGACCUUGCCAAAGUAGCUGUCCGCUACGUGGGCUGCCCUCCCAGCGUUGUUCCUGCAGAGACCCUAUUCAGCACAGCCAGUGUGAACUGUUCUCUGAAUCAGCCCAGGCCAUUACUAGAAAACAUGGAGGGGCUUCUCUUUCUAAAGGUCAACCUACCCUUAAUUUAUUAUCAGUACUGAUUAAACCCAUUGCUUAUGAGGAGCUCCUUAUUAAGGACCUAUUCAUAUAACUGUGAAAUGACUUUUAGAUUCAGGGGUAAUAAAAUGAGAAUAGAUAAUACACUGAGGUUCAUUUUUCAAAACAUAAGAGCAUUUGGAAUUGUAAAUGAGGGUUUUCUUACUUGCAUUUUAUGUGUACUACUGUUGAAACACUUUAGAACUGACAUCAGUCCAAGACUCAGUGAAAAGUGUGUCAGGGAGGGAGGGGUAUCUAGCUGUAGGGGUUGUAAAUAUAUAUUGCUGUAUCUUGAUUUUUAUUUUUUAAUGUCAAAGUUGUCUUUUCUUGCUACUUGUGCCUUAUCCAAACUACUUCAGGUCAAAAUGCUGUAAAUAAUUUUUCUGAUGCGCAAAUUAAGUCGUUCAAUUUAAAUGGCUUAAUAUAUUAGAGAAAAAAGUUUGUUUUUUCUAAAUGAACACAUGGCCCAAAAAUAAAUGCUGUGACUGAAAGAUGUUUUAAGUUUAUUAUAUUAUUUAAUUCUUUCAUUGUGAAUUUGUGGCUCAUGGUACUGUCGAUUAGAAAUAGCUUUUUUACUUGUUGAAAUUAUUCUUAAUAUUAUGUAAAACAAUUGCUGUAUUUUUCAGAAUUAACAAUUAGUUUGAAAUGUCUCUUAAGCACAAUUUUAAGUUUAUUUUCAAGGGAUUAAAUUAUGGGUUGUUGUCAGGAUAAUGUACUGUACAUUUUUAUAAAUAAUGAUUUCUGAACUUGAUUUGAUAAAUGUGUAACAAUUCAGACUGGAACCAUUAAAAUGUUAUGGUCAUUUGUAAAUAAAG